UGAUCACCGCCACUUCCGUUGCAAAUAUUUGCAAAACUGAAUAGAAGAUGUGACAGAAAACCAAAUUUGCAACACGCCAUUUACCCAUAUGUGGCAAUGUUUAGUAGAAAGUCUCAUGCAGACGUUAGGAAAUCCUCGCAAAAGUUCUUCGACCCAAAGAAAGAUUCUGCUGGCAAACUUAAACAUUUGAGGAUUGUUCUGGAAAACUAUGAAACCCAAGAUGCGAAAGCUUUCUUUGACAGUCACUAUUCUCAGAUCUACUUCAACUUUUAUGAAGUGUUUACCACUGUUGAAGCAGAUUUGAAGCAAAGAGCAAAUAAGACACAUCGUGAGGAACUGGAGGCAGCAUUAUGUAUCUUUGAGAAAAUUCUGUUUUUUCUGCCUGAGCUAAUUCACAGGAGGUGGCAGUUUCACAGCAUAGGACGAAUCAUCAAGAAACUUUUGCAUACAGGCAACUCAUUGAAGCUACGAAGAGAGGGUAUUCGCCUGUUUGUGAUCUGGUAUCAGACAUUGAAGGAUAACGCCAGUGAGGAAUGUCACACCACUUUUGCUGCUAUAGUCCCCAGACUGGGCAAGAAUGAAGGGGUGGACCAGGAUCUCUUCACUGUGUCUGGGGAUCCAAGAACUGCGGUCACCCCAGUGGAGAUUUCGGCCAUUCUCCCACCUCAGUCUGGGGAGAAACAGCCCGAGGAUGUCACCCGUUUUCUUCUUGCCUCUCUACUGGAGUACAUGGUGUCUGAGGUGAACAACAUUGAGUGGUCUAAUAAGGAUGAGAAACAAAGUAGUUUUGACUUCAUAUUUAAUCAGUUCAAGACCUAUUACCUUCACAACAUAUUCCCAGAGUUUAACAAGCACACAAGUCUCUAUGAUCCUGUGCUAGACCUUCCUGUGUUACGCCCCAAUCCUGACCCCAGGGGCCCACCCACCAUACGCCCUGAUGCUCUUUCUCUCUGUCAGGAGGUGGUCAUCAAAUGGAUCACUACCUUUGUACAUUUGCCAAAGAAACAGGAAACAAAAAAAUCAGAACCGGCUGAAGUCCUGCAGCACCCCCCAGAGCAUGAGCCAGACGAGGGAGACGGUAACAGCGGAGAAGAGACACUGCGGCCAGAGGACAGCUCCAUCCCACCAGAGAGCAGCACCAAUACCCUGACCUCUGCUUCCCACGGGGACGCUGCCUCAACUAAAUCAAGUGACGACGAGGAUGAAGGACAGCUGCUGACUGAGUUUGAGAUUGUCCGCAGCGUUUUGUUUUCCACGCAGGAGAAUGUCAAUCUUGUUCAUGAAGUGUUUAGACAGGCACUGUUGUUGCCUUUUUACCAUAGUGGAGCUAUAAAAAAGGUUUUGGCAGUUUAUAAGGACUGGCUGCAGAAUGAAGCAGACAGACCCGUAUUCAUGAAAGAACCAAAUGAUUCUGCAAGGGGAAUCGACAACAGAAGAGAAAGUGGCAAUGGAAAGUUGGGAAAUAUAUCUGAAGAGAGCUCAUCAGAGGAAAACUCCUCCACAUCACCUCCACCAUCUUUUCUCCAAGCUGAGCCCCAACCUGGUAUGCGGAAAAGAAACGACUCCUACCUUGGCGCCAUCUUUUCUUCCACGCCUGAUCUGGAAGCCAGCGUGUGUGCAGGUUUACAGAACACACUGCAGGUUCUUAUCACCAAUACUGCUAACGUGUUCUUGUUGGAGCCCAGUGAGCAUCAUAAGGUGUUUUCAGAGCAGGUGGAAAUGUGUAGAAGAGUGAUCAACAUGUAUAGAUAUGUAGUGAUGAAUUUGAUCAUGGAGCAAAGAACUUGGGAACAAUUAUUACAAGUAUUACUGAAAGUCACUUCAACAGUAUUAAAAGAGAAUCCACCCCCAUACAGAGACAAGAAUCUGGGAGGCAAACUGGGCACUGCAAUAUUCCAAACUUUGAUUGUCACCUGGAUCAAGGCCAAUCUGAGUGUGCAUAUCUCUACAGAGCUGUGGGACCAGUUUCUACAAGUCCUGUCCUCCCUCACACAGUGGGAGGAACUAGUCAGGGAGUGGGCUAAAACUAUGGAGACGUUGACUAGAGUACUGGUGAGGCAGGUGUACAACUUAGACAUGCAUGACUUACCUUUAGACAGAUUGAGUGAGCAGAAACAGAAGAAGAAAAGGGGAGGCAAGCAGCAAGGCAAGAGGCAUACCAGGACAUUUUCCAGAGCCUGGAGCCGUAUAGAAAAAGAACAUGUGGCCCAAAGUUUUCUUAUCCAGUCCACCAAUCAGUUAACUACAGUGGCAGAGAAUGGCCAGUCUGGGGCCACAGCACCUCCUACCAUUAUUACUACCAGUUUUGAAGGUUCAGAGUUACCAGAGGCCCCAGUACGUCGCCAGAGGUCUUUUAGUGGAGAUUCCUCACCAGCUCAUUCCAGAUCAGCCAGCGACAUCGAUGAGGGUGCCGCACAGCUAGUGCGCAGCAGCAGUGACAGCAACAUAGCCCUAAUUGAUCUGGAGGGAAGGCGGAAAAAUAAAGGCUCCAGUUUUGUCAGUGAUACCAGUGCUGAUUCUUCUGGUAAUGCUGAAACUACUGAUGAUGAAGAACACAGGGACUUACUGAACAUCAGCCAAGAGGACCAGGAGGUAGCCACAGUCACGGCAGGCCUGUCGUCUGCUCUCAUUGACACUGCUGCCAUGAUCACGGACACCACCAGUAUGACCAGUGCCGAGAGUAUUCUGGUGCCCUAUACCUUCAUGGACCAUGAGAAGAGUGGCGACAGUGGGAGCACAGAGAAAAGUGAUUCAGAUCAAGCAAGAAGAGCAGGCUCCACCUCCUCCCCAGUGUCAUUUCACUCUACCAGGUCAAGGUCAACAUCAAGGUCAGGGUCACCUGUGACCUACAGACAAUCUGAAGACCUGCACGAAGAACCUGUAUUCAGAAGAGAUGAUUCCUCCUCCAUGAUCAGGUCUCAGUCCAGGUCUCCCUCUCCUGGUCCUGAGGAGGAAGAGUUAUAUGAGGUAGAGAAGGAGGAACUUCACAUCAAAGACUCUGACACCCCUGAUAGAGAGAGUAUCCAUAUUGAAGAGGAGACACCUGAUGAAAAUCUUCUAAGCCCAGUAUUAACCAUGCAUUCCUGUCCUGAAGACAGUCGCUGUGUCUUGGCUGGUGGUAACGUCACAGGCUGGACACCAGAGGCCGCUGUCAUCCUGUGGAGACGGAUGCUGGGAGCCCUGGGGGACAUCAACCAGAUCAAAGACCCAGACAUCCACGCCAGUGUGUUUGAAUAUUUUUGUGACCUCACAGACUCUCUUAUCAAAGUACGUGAAAACCAAAGUGUAACUCCAGACAAUCAAUCUUCUCCAAUACGGCCAGAAUUUAUUCCUCCUAUCCUCAUGAUAGCUCCAUGGUUAUUCCGGGCUGUAGAGCUUCAGGACCGCUACAAGAGAGGCAGGUUACUAGCCUACAGGUUACUGUGUGUAAUAUCUCUGAGACGCCACGACGUCCCCUUACCAAUGGACCACCUGUCUCAGUUCUAUAGAGUUCUACACGAAGGUCUGAUGAGUAAUGAUCAAGAUGUGGUGAAUGCGUUGGUGAGACACUGCGGUCCACGCUUCUUCUCUAUGCCAUUACCAGGCUCCACCAUAUUACUACUAGACUUCCUUCAUGCCGCCAACACCAUAGCCUCUUCCACAGACCUCAAAGAGGCUCCCAGAACAGAGGCAGUGUCCAUCCUGGGCUCUCUCCUGUGUCUUCCCAACCACUUUGGCCAGCUGUCUGUCCUGCAGCCCAGUCCAGUGGAAAUGACCAUGAUGUGGUGCAAUGACCUCAAGGACCAUCUCAUUAGUAUGGUGUUGAAGUGUGGAAAGAAAGAGCCAGCUGGACUGGCAAGAUGUGUAGCAAUUAGUAGUUUAGGGAUAUUUAUUUAUGAAGAGUUGAGUCAUGGGUCCAUGCACUCUAAGAUGAAGGAGGCAGUGAAUGUACUACUGGCAGUGUUGAAAUAUAGUACUAACCAGCUCUCUGAUCCCAAGUUCAACAGUAAGUUGGUGGCACAGGUGGCUUGUGACAUGCUGAGAUUGCUGUGUGAUCACAUCCCCACACUAUUAGAGCACCAACCUGAUCUGCCAAAGAAGAUCAUAGAAGUGAUGGCCUCUACAUUGUCUUCUCUGCUACCUGCCAGUGAGCACCAGCAUUCUGAAGAAGAGAAGAGGCUAUUGGUAUCUAUCAUGUUCUGUAUGUUGGAGUGGUGUAUGCACAUGCCUCUACACACACUGCUAGAGAAGUCAGACAGUGGAAGGAGCAUUCUGUAUAGAGUGUUUAGGGUUCUCAAUGUAGCAGUGGUGGGCGGGGUAAGCAUGCUGACCCCAAAGAUGAUGCACCCCAGUACGUCCUUUGCAGACUUCUACGCCCAGGAGUCUGAUGUGGAGGGGGUGAAAGAUGGGGCCAACACCCCCACAUUCAGCAAGACCCCCGACCUGGCCCCGGGGACCCCCCAAAAACCAGCCUCUCCAACUGUGGAUCUGUUGAACAUUGGCAAUAUGGAUCUAGUCAAACUGGCAGCUAGAGUGGUCCUGUGUCAUUUGGUGAAUCACUUGGGUCACUUCCCAAUGGGGGGAGGAGCUGCCAAGUCCAAUACCUUUGUGCAGGAAUAUCACGACUUCAGUCCAGCUUUGGACGAGCUUUCUACGGACAUCUUCAGAGCACCCAAUGUCCAGUUCUUUGUGCUCAACAAUACAACCUUGAUAUCCUUUGUGGAAAUUCCUGCUCUGCUUGACCUCCCUGGUGGAGGGGUGACUGCAGGACUGACCACAGGAAAGACGGUGGCCAGAGUGAUCAUACGGGACAUUGUGGGGAAGUAUUCAUGGGACAGUGCAAUAUUAUAUGGACCUCCCAGCUGUCAGGCAGGCUCUUACCAACCUGAGAUCAGUCCUCUGAUGAACUUCUUUGAUGAGUUACUGGACCUGGCCCCCAGUACAGUGGAGCAGACCAUCCUGGAGUACCUGCGGGCAGAGAGUCGGACCAUUGACCCCGCCGUGCACCCCUCUGAGGUCAGAGAGCUGCUGAGACUGGGGGAGGACUACGACUGUCUGGAUCAUUUGCUCCAGUAUAUCGGACAGACCAGUCCUGAGUGUGAACUACAGCCUGGAGAGCCUCUGAACAUAGCAGCAGGACUGCCUGAUCAGCUGUCAGACACCAUGGAACAGGAAACCAUGGCAACUCUACAGGAACAACAGAGCCAGGAGGAGAACUACACUGCAGAACAUGAAAAGGACAAAAGUAUGAGUGCAAAAUCAACCACACCAGCCCCGAGUCACGAUCCAGUGUCAACGUUUCAAACUUGUCGCAUGCUCUUGAACCAGCUGGGUUUCUUAACAUGGAUAAAAAGAACAAGUUUUGAUCUUCUGCACAAAAGUGACAAGUUGCUAAGAGAACUGAAAAAUCUGGAUAAACAGAGAUGUCGAGAGACCCACAAGAUAGCAGUGAUCUAUGUGGGGGAGGGCCAGGAAGACAAGCAGUCCAUAUUAACAACUCAGGCAGGAAGCAAAGCUUAUGAAGACUUUGUGGCAGGACUUGGCUGGGAGGUUGACUUGGAGCACCACACUGGCUUCCUGGGGGGUCUCCAGCAGAACAAGAGUUCAGGCGACACAGCGCCCUACUAUGCCACGUCCACAAUGGAGGUGAUCUUCCACGUCUCUACCAGAAUGCCAUCUGACAGUAGUGACGCUGUGCACAGGAAGCUUCGCCACUUAGGGAAUGAUGAAAUCCAGAUAAUUUGGUCUGAGCAUAGCCGAGACUACCGUCGUGGUAUCAUCCCCACAGAGUUUGGAGAUGUUCUGAUCAUCAUUUAUCCACUACAGAAUGAACUGUAUAGGAUACAGAUCAAUAGGAAACCAGAGGUGCCCUAUUUUGGUCCUCUGUUUGAUGGUGCAAUAGUAGACCAGAAGGUUCUACCAGGCUUAGUGCGGGCCACAGCAAUCAAUGCCAGCAGAACCAAACGAGCUCAGUUGCCAUAUUUCCAGCCAUUCUUUGAGGAGCGCGCCAAAUAUUUAGACAACAUAAUUCAACAGCACAAGCAGCCCAGUAUGUUUGAAGACUUUGCUGCCAAUGUAUUCGCACCUGUGCUGCCACAGGCUGAAGACAUUCCAACCUUGCAGACGACAUUAGGGCCAAUGACCACCUCUGGUUUGCUGGGUGACCAGUCCAGUGUCAGUGUCCAGGAGGAGGACAGUAGUCAGUCUCCACACAGCUCUAUAGGAAGACACUCCAGAGGUUCUGACAGUGACAGUACCUCAGAGAAAGUUGCUCGCAAAUUGUCAUGGAAGACCAGAAGAUCGUCUACUCACAAAAUGGCCUCCACUCCUCCCGACAGCCCCAAUACCAAGACCAAGAGAUGAGAAUUUUUUGCCUUAUAGAUGGAGCCACUGUCACCAGUCAAAGUCCAUCUUGGCCCAUUCUGCAGGCUGUGGUCUUGUGGAUUUCUCUUGUCUUGUGCUCCCAUGUCACAUGGUCUGGACUCUGGCAGCAAGUUCUGCGCACAGCGUUUACACAAUCUACAAGUAUUAACUGAAUUUGCCUCUCAAUGUAAAUACUGUGAAACAACUCUAAAACAAAGGUUGUGUUCACAAUUAGACUAAUUUGACCACAAAUUAUCUGAUUGACUUCAGUGAGCAUAAGUUGUGCUAUAUUCUAAGUUUGGCAGAAUGUGAAAAUAGCACAGGUGGAUUGGGGGGGGAUGUCAAAUCCAAGAGCAGGUCCAAGGGGAGACAAUAAUCAAUAUUUAAAAUGCUACUUAAGAAAACUGUUUUAAACUGGAAACAGCUUGAAGGGAGGAAGGACUGUUAAUGUUCAUGUAUUCAGAGAAAUGGGCCAUAUUCUUAAUUAGGGUUUUGCCCAUUGACUUUACUCUAUGUCCAAAUAUAUAAACUUUUAUUUACACUUGGAGUUUUGUAGGGCAUGGUUUUUGCAACUAUUGUGAGCAUCUUUAUGUUUAUUUUAGAUUAAUGUUAAUUAUUUUAGAUAUUUAACUAUCUAAUUGUUACUAUCAAUUUUAAACAUUGAUGGAAAAUAUGAACUUCAGAAGUGUGUCACGCCACCUAUGAUUAUUUAUUUGCAGUGAAACAGAAUAUUUUUGUAUAAUUCUCUCCCUCUCUCUUCGUCAAAAGAAGCACCACGAAAUGGCAAUUUAUGUAAAUUAUGCUUGUGCAAUCCUUGAGACUUUUAGAUAUACAUUUGAUUGUAAUCCUGUUAACAUUUGAACCAGACAAUGAGGUAAACUAUACUUGCACAGAUAUAAGUCUCUCUUGGGUUUUGUGUCCUUGGGCACAUUUUAUAAUGAUGUUGAUGUCUUUUGUGAUGAGACUUGAGGCACAAGAUGCCAACUUUAAUGUAAUGCAUGCUUCCCUGUUUUACACUACCUUCUACUCUGACAUGUAUUGCAUCUGAGUUGCAGGUCCUAUCUGACUAAUUAUUAUUAUUAUAUUGCAUUAUUGUUGGAAGUCCUAUCUGACUAAUUAUUGGUGAAAAUUACCCAGGAUAUGUUGUCCAUGUAAAAGGAGGACCCGAUAUUGUCCUGUAACUUAAAUGUGUGUUAUGAUAAAAUUUAAAUUGUUGAGUUUUACUAUGAUAUAAAGGAGUUUAUAAAUUAUAUGUAUAUGUUAUGAAUGUGAAUACGAAUUUAAUUUCACUUUACUAAUUUACUAAUAUGAAAUUAGCAGGGAGAUUUUUUUUCACUUACAGUAAUAUAUUUUUAUAAUUUAAACCAAGAAUCAUAUCAAUUUAUUUGGUUUCUUCUAACUAGAUGUACUUUUUGUAAUUGUGGCCAUUCUUCUAGAUAUACGUAGAUGCCAGUACCUCUCGUAUUUCAUCUGUGCUUCAAGCACUUGGAAUUUGGCUUCAGUAAGUGUCUAUGUUAUCAAUGGGAAUAAACUAUGUUGUGUAUUA